CGGGUUCACUAAGCGUAAACGCUUUCGUUUUCGUAGGACGACCGGAGAGUCACGUUAGUUCUACACCCCGGGCGCGGAUCGAGACUGCUCAGCGGUCUAGCGGUUCAGUCGCUACUCGGACACCCACUACUGUCCACGCCUUCGGACAAUGGUAAUUGCGCGUUUACGGUUCUAGUGAUCGAUAUGUAUAUCAAGUUAAUUUGGGUUGCGCUUGUAACAUUCUUUAUACUUCAAAGCGCAAGUGGAAAAAGAUCUAAGAAAAAACGCAUCCAGAUUGAAGCCGCAGAAUCAACCCCGCAACCGAAUGUACUAACAUACUCUACGUUCGGUUUUAAUGAUGUUGGAUCUUACAAUGGUUUUGUCCCGAGUUCCCCUGACUACGCUAAUUACCUCACAAGUAGUAAACAGGAGUCUUCGACGCGAUUGUAUGCUCCGGCAUUUCCUUCGGCCUUAGAUUCUACAGGAUUGGGUAGCUACUACGAUCCACAACCGGACAUAGGAUCUUUUAGCAUUAGUAGUGAUGGAUACCAAACAAAUGGUCAAUUAUAUCAGCCAAAUUCACAGAACGUUUUUACAUCUUUUAAUAACGGUGACAAUAAUAAUAAAAACAAGGACAAAGAAGCAAACGAUUUAUAUAUAAAUGUUGACAGCAAUAAUGCUCCUAUUUACGGAGCGAAGAUAUCUUCGAAAGGUAAAAUUAAGAACUUUGAUAAUUUUAAUCAUACAGAAUACAAUGUAUUUGAAAGUAUGGCUGGGGCUAUGAAUAACGAUUUAAAAAAUCACAAUAAUAAUUAUCCUAACGUGGCAUCUUUAUCUCCUUCCUUUGACAGUAACAAAUACUUAAUGAUAUCGUCGCCAACAUCACAAUCAUCAUCAUUGAAAUUUCCUAAAAUUUUAGAUUUUACUAGUGUUAAAAAUUAUUAUCCUUCCAGCGUUGAUGUUAAUUUCCAAGAAAGUAAUCAGAAACCUUUUAAUUCCGAUUUGUAUAGUAAUCCAAUCAAUACAAAUGUAAAUCCUUAUAAAAGCUAUGACUUUAAAGAUGAGCAACUUUAUAGAAAUAAAUUUAAUUUUAACGAUGAAAAAGUAAAAGAUGAAAAAGAUAAGGAAAAGGAAGCCUUUAUUAAAGAAGAUGAGUCUGAUAUAAAAAUUAAUUUUAAAAAUAACAGAAAUAAAUAUACAAACGAUCCUAAAAAAUCAAAGAACCCAAACAAAGGUUACAAUUACUCAACAAAUUAUAGCAGUACAAGUUUUAGAUUUGAUACAGAUGCGCCAAAAAGACCGUUCAACAGCAGUAUUGAUGAAAUUUCUCCAGCCAGUAGUAAUUUAGAUUUCGUGGAUUAUCAGUUCCCCGAAAAAGAAUUUUCAGGACUAAAACACAUACAAGACACAAAGUCUCCUUUUGAUACUGAAAGUCAUAGCAUAAUUUCCAAUAGCUUUAAUGAAAAACAUAAACUUCCUGAAGAAUAUUUAAAUUCUUUUAAAAAUUUAUAUUCGACUACACCUUCUACUACAUCUCUUUGGGGAAACAUAUUUAAGACAACUGAGUAUUCUUCAUCCAAAAAUCACUUUAAAAAACCUUUUUACAAGGAUGAAAUUAGUGAUGAGAUAAUACAUAUUCCAAAAAGAUAUCAGAAUUUAAAAUAUGGAAAGUUCUUUGAUAACAAGUUUAGCGAUUUUUCGCUUUCAAAUACAUACAAACCUCAUAAAUUUAAUGAGGAUAAAGAACAAUAUGAUUGGACAAAAGAAGAUUUUAAUACACGAUUUAAGUCAGAAGAAGAUUUAUUGGGAUUAAGAAAUCACGAUACAUCACACCCCUCAUACAUACCGACAUACAAGCCAAGCUAUAAUGAUUUUGCCGAAGAAGUGGAUUACAAGAAAUUAGUACAAAAAUGGCGUCAAAAUUACUUAAAAUCAAGGUACAGAGACUCUAAUCGAGAAUUUGAAACCUAUGCAUCGGAAACAAAGCCAAUCCACGUACCUCUUCCUAAACCUUACCCGAUAGAAGUUCCGCGUCCAGUAAUCGUUCCGGUGCCGCAGCCGUAUCCUGUAAAAGUUCCGAUACCGAAACCGAUCGCCGUGCCGGUUGUCCGGGAGAUAACCGUGCCAAUCGAGAAGCCAGUACCGUAUCCGGUCUUCAAAAAAGUUCCUUAUCCUAUAGAGAAGCCUGUGCCUGUGCCUGUUGAAAAACAGGUACAAGUGCCAGUAAAGAAACCAUAUCCUGUGCAUAUUCCACAAAUAAGGCCAGUGUUUCAUCACACGAAACCUCAUGAUGACAAUGAUUUGGAAUCAGACGAAGACGAGUAUAUUCCUCGCCCCGACUCUAAAAGGCCUACUUACAAACGUCAAAAAAAUACUCGUAGCCGCCCACGCGUUCCCUCCAAGAGACCAUCCCGUAUGACUUACCAAGAUCGUAACAGGAAACGCGUGCCAAACAGAAGACCACCUUUACAGCAUCACAACCAAAGACCGAGAAGACCUUACUCCUCAGAAACUCGAGCUCCACAACGUUACCGGGACGAUUUCGAUGAAUACGACAGUGAUAGUGAAUUUGAAAACUACUGUAAAAGAACUGGUAAAUGUAAAUAAACGAAAAAACCGGUAUAAGACUUUAUAUCAGUUUAAUAUUAGUGUUCCGUACUGACUGCUAGGUAUAAAAUAUUUAAUAUAAUGGUUUUUAGCUAACCUCUUCAAUAAAAAAACUUUUUAUUGCAUUUAAUAUAAAUAGCAUGAGUAAUUAAAUAAAUUGUUUUAUGUGAGAUUGAAUAUAAUGACGUGUAAAAGCAAAAAUAAUGGGUUUGAGAAAUUUUACUAGCUGGUCGAUUUUAUCAAUUGCACGGAACUUAGCAAUUCUAGAUCUGUUCGUAACAUUAUUUAUUUAAUGUUAAGUAGUUUAUAAUAUUAGAUAUACAUAAUGAUUAAAACAUGCAUUUUCUCAGUAAUGUAGAUAUAGAUAACAAGAUUAUUUAUUUAUACGCGUGUCUAGAAUUUUCCAUGCCAUGUUGUUUUCAGGAAGGUAAUGUGCCAAAAUUUUAUUGUAUUUAACUGUGUGGUCCUUAAAAUUACAAUUUCUUCUUAGCUUUACUUUUAUUUAUAUGUAUGUAUUAAUUACUAAAACAUUAUUGAAAAUACCUUUUAAUUGUUAAGCAAAUACCUUUGUUAUUGUUGUAUUGUACAUAAAUAAAUAUUGUUAAUAUUAAAA